AUGUCUACCAACGAAGCGGUUCGCCUGGCCAUACUAGACGACUACCCUGGCAUCGCUCCCAAACAUUUCCAACACAUCGCCGGCCUCCAGAUCGAGUCUUUCCCAGAAACACUAAGUCCAAACCACAAAGAUGGUCUCGAAGCCCUCAUCAAGCGUCUCGAACCAUACCCCAUUAUCUCCACCAUGCGAGAACGCACCGCUUUCCCGGCCGAACUCAUCCAGGACCUUCCGAAUCUUAAACUCCUCCUGACCACAGGACUCCGCAACGCUGCUUUGGAUUUACCAGCGUUCUCCAAGCACAAUGUCAUUGUCGCUGGAGCGAAAGGUGAACGACCCGCUAAUGCAGCUAGCGAGAAUGAGUACGAUCUGCCUCCGCCUCCGCCGCACUCGGCUGUCAAUCAGCAUGCUUGGGCUCUUCUUCUCAGUCUCGCCGGCCGCAUUCCGCAGGAUGACCGGGCGUUGAAGACUAGCUCUACGGCGUGGCAGAAUGGCACGAAUGUUGCACUUGCAGGGAAGACGCUUGGGUUGGUGGGGUUGGGAAAGCUGGGUACGGCUAUGGCGAAAGUUGGGGUGCUGGCGUUUGGGAUGAAAGUUAUUGCGUGGAGUGAGAAUUUGACACAGGAGAAGGCGGAUGCUGCGGCGGAAGGGGUGGGAUUGGAGAAGGGGACGUUCAAGGCUGUGGGUAAGGAGGAGCUGUUUAGGAGUGCGGAUGUGGUUAGUUUGCAUUUGGUGCUGUCGGAGAGGAGUCGAGGUGUGGUAGGGCAAAGGGAAUUAGGAUGGAUGAAGAGGAGCGCGAUGUUGCUCAAUACUUCUCGAGGGCCGCUGAUCGACGAGAAGGCUUUGGUGGAAGUGCUAAAGGAAGGAAGGAUUGCCGGUGCGGCGUUGGAUGUCUACGAUGUGGAACCUCUACCCAAAGACAGUCCUUGGAGGGAGGCGGAUGACUUCAGGAGCUUGACUGUGUUGAGUCCACACAUGGGCUACGUCAAUGCGGGUACCAUGAACAGAUGGUAUGAGGAGCAAGCGGAGAACGUGGAGAGGUGGCUCAAAGGAGAGGAGGUGCUUCAUAAGCUGAACUAG